AUGAACGCCUUGUGCUUUGCUUCUGCUGUUUGGAGGUUAGGGUCUCAAAGAUAUGUAUUUCCGCGGAAUAUUUUACACACUUUAUCUGUAUCCAAUAACAUUUUGGGAAAUAAACCGUCUGCAUACCCAUGUCUAACUCAAACACGUUCGAUAAGAAUCCUGCUGUCUAAACCUGAGGUGGAAAGUAAAGUAUUAGCUGUCUGUUCUGCGUACGAUAAAAUCCAGUCCGAUAAGCUUACGCUUGAUUCCUCGUUUAUCAAAGAUCUCGGUCUUGAUAGUCUGGACCACAUAGAAGUAAUUAUGGAAAUCGAAAAUGAAUUCCGGUUUGAAAUAAGUGAUGUGGAUGCUGAGAAAAUGCACACACCCCGUGAUAUUGUGGAACAUGUAUAUCAUUCAAUUACGAAAGCAGAACCUGCAAAAUAA